AUGGUAGCCGGUGUGAGACUACUCGCAUACGGACGACUAGCAGUAAGGGCCGUAUUCUCGGCUUCUGCUCUGGAUUUAGGUGAGCUCCGACAGCUUGUUCCGCUGUUAAAUAAUCGUUAUCUUCUUCAGGCUCAGCAGUUGGUCCUGAGGCGAUCAGUUCCGGCCGCCGAGGACUGUCAAGCAGUGCCUCUAAGCCAAGCAAACCGUCCUCCGAAGGAUCUCCCUGUCCUGCCGCCUCCGCUCACGUUGAGAAUGUGAUUGCGAGCUGUGCAGGGUUCCCGAAAGACAUGCUGAAAGGACCUUCGACCGUACUUGACAAGGGAGUCUUCGGAGACGACGCCUGGUUUAUUUCCAGGUUUAAGAACACAUUUGUAGUUGGUCAGUGAGCCGAAUCGAGUUAAAUUUCUCUAAGUCUGUUAUUUUUCAGGAGUGGCUGAUGGUGUUGGCGGAUGGAGGAAAUAUGGAAUCGAUCCUUCAGCAUUCUCUCGGCGGCUAAUGAAAGAGUGCGAAAAGAGGGUCCAAGAAGGAGACUUCGACCCGCAGAGACCAGAUUCUCUUCUCGAGUACGCAUUCAUGGCUUCUGCUGAAGCGCCGAGGCCUGUUGGUAAGUAGCAGGAAAGAUGUAUCUGGAGAGUGAUGGUGUAUGUUUAGGGUCUUCAACGGCGUGCGUUCUUGUUGUCCACCAAGAAAAAUUGUAUUCGGCGAAUCUCGGAGACUCUGGGUUUAUGGUUGUACGCAACGGAAAAGUGAUUUCAUCGGCUGCUGCAUUUUAUUUUAUCAGCUCUUUUUCAGGUCAUCUCAAAAAGUCGCGAACAAGUGCACUACUUCAACGCGCCGUUCCAGCUGACUCUCCCACCUGAUGGAUACCAAGGAUUCAUCGGAGACAAGCCAGAUAUGGCUGACAGAGAGGAGUUGGACAUGAAGAAAGGGGACAUAAUUCUUCUGGCGACUGAUGGAGUUUGGGACAACUUGAGUGAGCAGCAAGUGCUCGAGCAGUUGAAGUCUUUGGAUGAGGGAAAGCGAAAUGUGCAGGAGGUGAGUCGUGGUGACUUGAGAAUCUUUGAGAAGACGUUUCCAACUUUGCAGGUCUGUAAUGCCUUGGCUCUCACCGCUCGCAGGUUAGCCUUCGAUUCGAAGCACAACAGUCCGUUUGCAAUGAAGGCUCGCGAGCACGGUUUCCUGGCUCCAGGAGGAAAGCCGGACGACAUCACUCUCGUGCUCCUGCUCAUCGCUUAG